AUGGCGGAUGUUAGCCUAAAGACUACCACUGGUGACUUUGGCGUACACGAGUACUUUCGAGGCAGCUGGGGCUUGUUGGUAUGUUAUGUAAACGAUUUUUCUGCUGUAUGUACGGAUGAGCUGAGUCGAUUGGUAAAAGACUUUCAUGAAUUUGAAUCUCGAGGUAUAAAAAUGUUGGCUAUGUCUUGUGAUUCUAUUGAUUCUCACAUUAAAUGGAUAGAGGAUAUAAAGAAAGUGAGUGGAAUGAAAUUUGACGAAGAAUUUCCAUUUCCAAUUGUGUCAGAUCGUAAUCGUAUGAUUUCCUUAUACUUGAACGUAUUGAAUGCAAAAUGCAUCGAUGAAGACGGCAUACCUUUACCAUGCAGAGCAGCAUUUGUUUUGGCACCUGACAUGACCAUCCAACUCAUACAUUUUUACCCUGAAAACAUUGGACUGAAAUUUUUAGAACCAUUGAUGCAUUACAGCUGA